UUCUCUCAUGGCGUGAUUUAUAAACGCCAAGCGAGAUGCUGAGCUCCAAAAAAUGGAGAGAAGGCAGAUGAAGGCAGAAGGAAUACGUUAUGUUCUGCUCAUGGUCGUCUUACUCGACUAUGACUAAGACUAACCGUUGGUUUCGUGCGAUACUCGGCUCCUUCUUUCUUCGUCAUUUCGGGGACUACUUGGUCGGCAUUAAUUUGAUUGCGGAGUUCUAUGAGCAGUGUCUUGUUUCAUGGAAGGAGAGGAAGUAGAAGGAAGCUUGGGGUUAGGAGAAGAAACUAAACAAACGAUCACCGUCCAUCACAUCUUGAGCAAUGAAGGUCCAUCUCGUUCUGAAAGGAAGGAGAGAGAGCUUGUGAUGAUUGACAUGAACGAGAUCCCAAGAGAAAGCAACUAUAGUCCCAACAAUGAUAAUGAAAAGACUAGAGGCGGAGCAAGGAAAAAAGAGGGCUUGGCGAUGAUGAAGAGAAGAAAGCAUCGACUGACUGCUCAUCAGACGGCCAUUCUGGAAAACUUUUUCAAGCAGCAAAACACACUCGAUCAGCAGAAGGAGAAAACCGAACUAGCAAAAGGACUUAAUCUUAAGCCUCGGCAAAUUGAGGUCUGGUUCCAAAAUCGAAGAGCAAGAACCAAAUCUAAGCAAACAGAAGUUGGCUUAGAAUAUUUUAAACAAUGCUGUGAAAUUUUAUCGGAAGAGAAUCGGAGGCUGCGAAGACAGUUGGUGGAGCUACGUGCACUGAGCCGGCCAUCUCAAAUGUAUAUGCAGGUUCCAGCUACAAAUCUUGUCGUGUGUUCCUCAUGCGAGAGAGGGGUUUGCCCAAGUAAGAAGGAAGAUGGUUUUGUAUCCAAGCUCCCUGGAACUGGAAGGCUCCUUUCAAUGUGUCCUAGUCUAAAAGAAAAAGGCUGAAAAAGAAAAUAGAGAAAAGAAAGCAAAUUGGGGCUCCUUUCACAUAGGUUUUGCUUUUGAACUUUGGGCUGUAAGAAACAAAAAUAAGUCAAAUAGCGUUUUGAGUGUUUGGUAAAACAUGCUUUGGAAAAUAUAAUAAUCUAACGUUAAAACACUUUCAAGUCCUAAUGCACAAAGCCUGAAACUGGGGCUUUUAGGGUUGCAAGUUCGGCUGGUUAGCCUCAACAUGAAAAAGUUGCGAUGAAGUUAGGGUUAGGGUUAGGGUUGACCCAACCUAACUCGACUUAAAUUCCUAU